AUGUCUGCUGCAGAAUCCUAUGCCAUGGUUGGUGGAGAUGGAGCUCACAGCUAUUCUAAGAAUUCUACCUACCAGAGGCUAGUGGUGGAUGCGGCAAAGGAAAUGAUCAAUGAGGCCAUAGAUAAUAAUCUUGACAUAAAAAACUUGGGGAUAUUUGAUUCUUCCAAACCAUUUAAAAUGGCAGAUUUGGGAUGCUCCACUGGACCUAACACCUUCAUUGCCGUGCAAAACGUUAUAGAAGCCGUGGAGAAAAAAUGCCUUAUCGAACACCAAAACCCUUCAGCCCUAGAAUUCCAAGUCUUCUUUAAUGAUCAAUAUGAGAAUGACUUCAACACUCUCUUUAAAACCCUUCCUCCCUCACGAAAAUACUUCGCCGCUGGAGUUCCAGGUCCUUUUCAAAGCUGCUUGUUUCCCAAGUCCACUCUACAUUCAGUACACUCCUCCUAUGCAUUGCAUUGGCUCUCCAAACUUCCAGAAAAAAUUGUGGAUAGAAAUUCUCCUGCAUGGAAUAAAGGUAGUAUAUAUUGCACAGGACUGCUGAAAGAAGUAACUGAGGCCUAUUCAGCUCAGUAUAACCAGGAUAUGGAGUCCUUUUUGAAUGCUAGAGCUCAAGAACUUGUGGCUGGAGGAUUAAUGGUGAUUGCAUUAUCUGGUUUACCAAAUGACAUCCCUAUGUCCAAGACUACUGAGGGCAUAAAAUAUUCUGCCGAAAGUUUAAUCUCACAUACUAGAGCCGUCUUUGGGGGAUUCAUCAAGGAGCAUUUCGGAAAUGAUUGUGUAGAGCAGAUAUUCAACCAUUUCACCACAAAGGUCGAAGAGAAUUUCUCAAGUGAUUUGAAAAGCACUGACAAGGUUAGCUUAUUCAUGGUUCUCAAGCGCAUCAGCAACUGA